CAUGUUUCAAUUUUGACAAGCCGGUUAGCUCGGUUAAUUGUUAAUGCUUUUGGUCUUAUAAAAUUAUUUUCAACAUGACAACGGCUGUCAUCAUAGGAGGUGGUAUUAGCGGACUUUCUUCCGCAUACUACUUACAGAAAAGCGCUCGCUUCUCGAAGAUUCUACUGCUUGAGGCAUCUCAUCGCAUUGGAGGCUGGAUGAAAACUGAACAGAUGGAUGGUGGAGCCAAGUUUGAACUCGGGCCGCGUAGUUUAAGAGCAUCAGGGAAGGGCUCAGGAUUCAAUACCCUCUGUCUGAUUGAGGAACUUGGGCUCUCAGAUCAAACCAUCCAUGUUGCAAGGAGUGCACCAGCUGCCAUAAACAGAUUCAUCUACGCCAAUGGAAAGCUAAAUAUGAUUCCUAACCGGUUUCUGUCCUUCUUCAAGACCAUUCCUCCAUUUAGUCAACCAAUGUUUUUAUACUUGUUGAAGGAUAUGAUGUCAAAGACGCCAACAGACGAAGCUGAUGAGACUAUUUAUGAUUUUAUCACGAGAAAUAUGCACUCUGAUUUGGGUACUUAUGCUGUUGACCCGAUGUGCAGAGGGAUAUUUGCAGGUGAUUCUCGACAGCUUAGUUUACAAUCAUGCCUGCCAGUACUGAAAGAAGCAGAGAAACUAGGAGAUGGUUCCCUGUUUAGAGGCAUCAUGAAGAAAAGCAAGGAACCGUACGUGCACAGCAAAGAAUGUGCACUGUUUAAAAGGACUAGAAAAGAACGUUGGGCAACAUUUUCAUUUAAGAAUGGUUUACAAACAUUAUCAGACACUGUUAAAGAUGCAGUGGUAUCCCAUCCUGAAGUGGAACUUUGUGUUAACUCGCCGUGCGAAAGUGUGUCGUUUAGCAACGGCAAGGCGGAGGUGACAGUAAACGGUGAGAAAAUUGUUGCCGAUCAUGUUGUGUCGAGCAUAUACGCUGAUGAUCUAGCAAAACUACUACCUCAAAAUUUGGAGCAACUGCAGAAUGACUUGUCCAUGAUUCCCGCAGUUAAUACAGUGGUGGUCGUAAUGGAGUUUGAUGGGGAGGUAAUGCCCCCGACAGUAGGGUUUGGUCAUCUGCUGCCAUCCCUCGAGGACAAAUCUCUACUGGGUGUGAUCUACGACUCCUGCACAUUUCCCGAGCACGACCGCACAGACAAACCUUCGUCCAGGUACACAGUGAUGAUGGGUGGGGCAUGGUACGAUCACCUCACGGAAGUUGUGCCGUCAAUGACGGAAGAUGCGCUUGGUCGUUACGCCGUCUCUGCCUUGAAGAAACAGCUCAAUAUCAGCGAAGACCCAUCCAUGGUGCACGUCGAGAAGCUCCACAACUCGAUACCUCAGUACUUAGUAGGUCAUGAGGAAAAACUCCAGAGAAUUUCCGCAGUUAUUGAAAUCGAAGAACUGCCUUUGAGUCUCGUUGGUUCGUCAUAUCGAGGAGUGAGCGUUCAUGACUGUAUAGACAACGCGCGAUUGGAGAUGGAGAAAAUAACGCAUAUGGAUUUGAUGUGAUGUGAUUUUAUUGUAUGAAAUCUUGUUUGUCUGUAGAAAGAGUAGAAAAAAAAAUAUACAAGUUCCAUCUACCAUUAA